AUGGCGGCGGGCAAUCCUCACGCGCCGACGAACCCGAGCGGCCUGCGCCAGAGCAUCACAGCCGGAUCGUACGGAUCCAUCGACUCGGGCUUGUCCUCCUCCCCCGACCAGCCCGGUACCGGCUACUUUGACCGGAGACACUCGGCCGGCCCGAGCCGCCCAAACCCCACCGAAGCGACCUCCCUCCUCGACUCGGCCCUCGACUUCAGGGAACACGAACAUGUCCACGACGGCCCCUGCGACCACGGCACCUUCUCCCCUCGCCCGACAAGCCCCCGGUCGUUCCUCGGUGGCAGUGGCAGUGCCAGAGACGGCGACAGCGCAGCUCAAUCCGAAAGCGAAGCCGAGCCGGCAACGGGUGGUGCUUCCGCCCCGGCAGAGGGGCAAAACAAUGCACCACGGCAGCGCAGGCCAAAAACAUGGGCGGCGAGGAUGCGCAGCAAAAAGAUGAGCACGAGUAGGGAUCUUGCUGAGCGGCACGGCAUCCGGGACAAUGCGCUCAUGUACAUGUCGUAUUACAUGCCUGUGCUGGUCUGGGCCAGGGAGUACAGCUGGAGCUACUUCAAGGGCGACUUUGUGGCCGCGCUGACGGUGGCGGGCAUGUACGUCCCCAUGGCGCUGUCGCUGGCGGACAAUCUGGCCCAUGUCCCGCCCAUCAAUGGGUUGUAUUCGUUUGUUUUCAACCCGUUCAUAUACGCGCUUUUGGGGAGCUGUCCGGCGAUGGUUAUCGGGCCCGAGGCCGCGGGGUCGCUGCUUGUGGGGACGGUGAUCAAGGGGAGCGUGGAUAAGGGGGAGGGAGGGGACAAUGAUGCGAUUUUGCAUGCGAGGAUUUGUGGCAUUGUGGCCGGGCUGGCGGGGGCGAUGGUGCUGAUUGCCGGCGUGGCGAGGCUCGGAUUUUUGGAUAGUGUGCUAUCGAGGCCGUUCCUUCGGGGCUUUAUCAGUGCCAUUGGUGCCGUGAUUGCGGUUGACCAGCUGAUUCCCGAGCUGGGGUUGCAGAAGCUGGCGGAGGAGGCGCGUGUUGGACACGCGAGCAGUGUUGACAAACUGUGGUUUAUCCUCGGGAACUUGGACAAGGCGCACACGCUGACGUUCACUGUGGCUGCUACGAGCUUUGUUGUCAUCAUGGUCUGUCGGGAGAUCAAAAGGAGACUGCAGCCCCGAUAUCCGGGGGUGGCCUACAUUCCAGAUCGGUUCCUGGUGGUGGUUCUGUCGGCCUUUUUGACGUACUAUUUUGAAUGGGACAAGGCCGGUGUUGCUGUCCUGGGCAAGGUCGAGGCAGCAAGUGGGCACUCGUUCACUUUCCGCUGGCCGUUCAAGUGGUCCAACAUGGUGUAUAUCCGCGAAGCCACCAGCACCGCCUUCCUGAUUGCUCUGCUGGGUUUCUUCGAGUCGUCUGUUGCCGCAAAGAGUCUGGGCGGAGCGUCGUUCGCGGAGAUCCAGCUCAGUCCCAAUCGGGAGCUCGUUGCGUUGGGCGUCGCCAAUAUCGUUGGCGGGUGCUUCAUGAGCCUGCCUGGGUUUGGCGGCUAUGGCAGGAGCAAGGUGAACAGGUCGACCGGUGGGAGAACACCCAUGUCGUCCAUCAUUCUGAGCGGCCUGACACUGCUCUGCAUUACCUUUUGCUUGCCCUAUCUCUACUAUCUCCCGAAACCAGUACUUUCAUCCCUGAUCUCGGUCGUUGCGUGGUCACUGAUCGAGGAAUGCCCUCACGACAUCUCCUUCUUUCUCAAGAUCCACGCGUGGAACGAGCUGGGCCUCAUGCUCACCAUCCUCCUGACCACCAUAUUCUUUAGCCUGACGUUCGGCAUGGCCAUUGGCGUCUUCUUGUCACUCCUGCAAGUCAUCCGGCAUGCCACGCGCCCACGCAUCCAGAUCCUCGGUCGCAUUCCGGGCACCAACCGGUUCGAGAACGCCGAGGCCAAUCCGGACAGAUUGGAGUUUAUUGAGGGAUGCCUGAUCGUCAAGAUCCCAGAACCUUUAACUUUUGCCAAUACGGGUGAGCUCAAGACAAGACUGAGGCGGCUGGAGCUGUACGGGACUAGCAUGGCGCAUCCUGCCCUGCCCAGACUGCGCAGGGAAGACUCCAACAGAAAUAUCAUCUUUGACAUUCACGGCGUCACGGGCCUGGAUGGGAGCGGUGCGCAGGUCUUGGAGGAGAUUGUCAGAGACUACCGCCAGAGGGGCGUCAGAAUCUUCUUCAGCCGGGUGCCAUCGCGGGAUUCCAAGGUGGGCAGGACACUGAUUCGUAGCGGGAUUAUGGACCUGGCAGGGGGAGAGGACCACUUUGUGAAUGAUGUGUCCGAGGCACUCAAGUUGAGCGAGGUUGAAGAGGGGGGAGAGGGCCUCGGUGUGUGGGGGGGGGCGAUGCCUGAGGCGUUGAUGCGAGGCAACCACCUACGCAAGCCAGCCAAGAGAGGUAGACAUAUACCCCGCUUCACCGUUUGGUCCCCUGAUUUUUUAUCUUCCCUUUUCCAAUCAACGGAACUGCACCUUCCGCAGCAAUCAUCACCACCGAGAGCCUACCUAGCUAUCUUAUCAUCACUAUCUCCGUCAUUGUCGAUCACCACCGCAAACAGUUUAUCUCCGAGUUUAUCCACUCUCAACAUCAUGUCAACCGCACCAGAAAAAGAAGACAAAAGAGACCCCUCCCGCGUGCUGGGAGCGCUGCUGGGCGUCCACGCAGGUGACAGCCUGGGCGCGACGCUAGAGUUCAUGUCCUGGGAGGAGAUCCAACAAAAGUUCCCCUCCCCUCUGAGAGACAUCAUCGGCGGGGGGCACUUUGGGUGGAAGGCGGGGGAUGCGACGGACGAUACUGACCUUACGAGGGCGGUGCUGCUGGCUUAUUAUGAUGAGGCGAGGAACGACAAAAAAGGGCAGGGAGGGGAGGGGGUGGUGGAAAGGGCGGCGUGGUAUUUUGUUGAUUGGUUUGAGGGUAGGGAUUGGCCGGGGAGGGUGAAGGGGAGGAAGCCGAGGGAUGUUGGGGGGGCCACGGCGCAGGGGAUCAUGGCGUUCAAGGCGUAUGGGGAUGCGAGCAAGUCGGGGGCGGGGGAGGGGAGGGCAGGGAAUGGGAGUCUGAUGAGGUGUGUACCUACUGCCUUGUUUCAACGGGAUGAGGGGAGGAUGGUGGAGGAGAGUAUGGGGAUUUCGGCGGUUACGCAUGAUGACAGUUGCUGUGUUGUUAGCUGUGUGGUGUAUAAUGCUUUGGUGGGGGCUCUGGUUGAAGGGAAGAAUGCGGAAGAGGCGUGGCAGGCCGGCAUGGAGGUGUUGAAGGGUGUUGGGGACAAGGAGAAGAGGGAGGGGAGAGGAGGGGGGCGGGUUGAGAGUGCGGUGGGAAAGGUGCAGAGGGCGAUGGAGGGGGGCCGACAUAGGGUGAAGCUGGAUGAUUUCGCACUCCACGGACCGAGGAGCGCAAGGAACUUUCGAGAGGAGCUCCCGCGGGGAGCCUCGGGCUAUGUGCUCGAGUCCCUCAAGCUUGCUGUGGCCGCCAUGUUUGACCCGAGGUCGUUGGAAGACAUUCUCGUCGAUGUUGUGAGAGUAGGACGGGAUACGGAUACCAACGGCGCCAUUGCGGGAGGUCUCCUGGGGGCCCGGGACGGGGCCGAGGCGAUACCACUGCGCUGGCGAGAGAAGCUGCAACAUGGCAGGGAGUUUGCAGAAAUUGCGGAGUACCUGCUGUCCUCGUCGUAG